AUGAAGACAGCCUCAGUCUUGCUUCUGGUGGCUUUGAUCGCCGUGGGAAUGAACAUAACCUAUGCUUUCUGUUUUCCCAAAAAAUUAGAAAAACCUGGAAUGUGUCCCAAAAAUCCCCCAGGAAGUGUUGGCAUUUGUGUUGAAUUUUGCUCAGGAGAUCGAUCCUGCCCCAACAUACAGAAGUGCUGUUCAAAUGGCUGUGGUCAUGUUUGCAAAUCUCCUGUCUUUUAA